AUGCCAUUGUGUCACUUGUGUGAAAAGACUUUCAGUAAUGAUGCCAUGAAGCCUGCAAAGAUGAAGCACCACCUUGAAACGGUUCACUGUGAUAAGAAAAACAAAGACCUUGACUAUUUCAAGACACUGAAAGAAAAACUCAAAAGUCGAUCAAAUAUCAAGACUCUUUUCAAAGCACCCGUCAGUGGUGAUACUGAAGGAGGUUUAAGAGCUUCAUAUAACAUCUCCCUCAUGAAAGCAAAGAAAGGAAAGGCACACACUAUUGCCACUCCUCUCCCAGUCAUUCCCAGCCACUCCUCUCCCAGGAUUCCUAGCCUCUUUUCUCCAAGCAAUUCACAGCCACUCCUCUCCUCUCCUCUCCUAGCCAUUCCUAGCCUCUCUUCUCCCAGCAAUUCCAAGCCACUUCUCUCCCAGGCAUUCCCAGCCACUCCUCUCCCAGUCUCUCCCAGCUACUUCUCCCUCAGCCAUUCCCAGCAACUCCUUCCCUACCAUUCCCAGCAACUCCUCUCCCAGCCAUUCCUAACCAAUGCCCUCACAGUCUCUCCCAUCCCCAUCUCCCCCAGCCAUUUCCACCCACUGCCCUCCCUGCCUCUCAAAGCCACUCCUACCCCGGACACACAAAGCCUCUUCUCCCCCACCCAUUACCAGGCUCUCCCAGCCAUUCCCAGCCUCUCCUAG